AAAUAUUUAUGUUUCAAUAUUUGUCUAAUCUUUAACAAAUAUUAUUUACGAAUUAUAUUCUGACAAAACUGUUGCGUUAUGGCGAAUCAUCUUAGCACAAUCUUUAUUUAAUGUCAUUAUUGUGCAAUGUUUGCAAAAUCUUCCUAUCGGGAUUACGAAAUGAAGUUCAGCUACGUAAUAUUUAUUUGUCCUUUAAUCAUAGUAUCGGCCAUAGCAACGAUGAAAUUUACUCAUUCAACCUUCGGGUCUUGUAAUCCAGAGGAAUGGAUUAUAAUGAAUAUAACACUCCAGAUGAUUAAUGGAACAAAAAUGAUUACAUGUAACAUUACUUACAAAGAGGCGGACAAUUCUACAGGACAAGUAUACAGGAUACAUAUUAUGAUAGAUAAUUACAUAAACCGUACAGUGUGUACUGGAGAACCAACAAUAUGGAUUGACAAUAUCAACUGUAAUAACCAAAACCACACGGAAUCAGGCAUGGACGUUUGUAAAAUUGCAAAUGAAUUGGGAUAUAUGGAAAAACAGACAGAAUGGUUUCAACACCGAUAUGGAAUAUCUUCUGGAGAUACACGUUAUAAUUUGAUAUUUUGUAUAAAUAUAUAUAAUGACGACUUAUCAUGGUACACAUCAUAAAUAAUUCUUAGGAUUAUUUUUCUAAGCAUAUGUUAUUUUCUGUAAUGUAAUUUAAUUUAACAUAAUUUAAUUAAAACAGUAACCAAAUAUUAUGUUGAUAAAAUCUAACAAAUAGAGAUAGAAAUAGAAAAAAAGCAAGAUCUUUUUUUAGUCAACAUGGAGUCAAUGUUAAUGAAUUUUUUUUCUUGGAUAAAAUAGAAAAUAUGAAUAUAUAAUUUAUUGUUAAAAAUUAUCGCAGUUUAUUUCUGUUUGCUAAACAUAAUAUAAAUUCAACUCCUGACAAUAGUCCGAUUUUGUUAUAUUGCCAUUGCAGCUUUUUAAAUAAUAAUCUAUAAUAUCUACGCAAUGAUAAUAUAAUAAUUGAAUUGUCAUUAAGAGUUACAAAAAGUUGGAUAUUUGAACUAAAAGUUAAAGGGAUUCCAAAACCGUUUGUUUUACCGACAUUUCAAAAAUAAAAUAAUUUUUUAAUUGGCUUUAUAGAAUUACAAGUUUUUUGACAGAAUUAAAGUCCGCACAAAAAUCUAGAAAAUCGAGUUCAUAUUAAAAUUAAAAAUUUUUUUUUUUCUUGUGCGUUAGAACUUGAUAAUAUUUGCUUAUAUAAAAUCUAUGAUACAUAUAUAUGUACAAAAUAAAACCGUAUUCCUGUAGAGAUAACGUGUAUGUAUGAACAAUAUCCUACAUAUCAAACUAAGAUUAAAAGCUUAGAAAAAAAUUAGCUUAUAGUUGCAAAUCCAGAUACAGAGUGUUAAAAAAAACAGUCUAAAAAUUUUUUUAUUCUUGGUAUAAAAUCCAGUGCAUAGAUAUUAAUCCAGUUCACUGAUAUUAAUACGUGUAUUUUAAUUCUAAAAAAAAUUUUUCAAAUUUAUGAAAGAAAUACAAAAUUUUGUUAAUGAUGUGCACGAAUAACAUUAUCGACCCCGAUCAAGACGGAGAUUUAACAUCCCCUUAACUCAUUGAUAUUAUUAAGUUCUGUAAAAUGUCAUAUAAAUAUAAAUAAAUAAAUAAAUGUAUGCGUGUGUGUCA